AUGGCAAGUGCUUCUUUAAAAAAUUUGGUUAGCGGUCCUAUUACUCCUCAAAUGAUUGCAUAUAUUGCUAAAAAGGCUGCGUCAGUCAUUCCUUGCGAUCCUCCACCAACACAACUUAAUAUGUCAACAACACAUUCUCAAAACAUCGGUGACGACGAUCAACAACCUUUACCUCUUUUACACAAUUUCAUACAACGUUUGGUAACAAAAUCAAACGUAUCGACUGCAACUUUUCUUACAACAAUUGUUUAUUUGGAUCGUUUACGAACAAAAUUACCAAAACUUGCGAGAGGAAUGCACUGUACGCGUCAUAGAGUUUUCCUUGCUACUUUAAUAGUCGCAUCAAAAUAUCUAAACGAUUCAUCACCAAGAAACAAAUAUUGGGCAAAAUUCUCUGGCGUUUACUCUGUUGCCAAAGUUAAUCUAAUGGAAAGACAAUUACUUUCUUUAUUAGACUACGAUCUUAGAGUUCAAGAGUCAGAUCUAUUAUUUCAUCUUAAAGUAUUUUUACAACCUAACAAUAAUAAUUCGAUGAUGGAUACUUUAAAACUUCCAACUCCUCAACACAUUCAUCAUCUCACUUAUUCAAAUCCACAUAUUCCAACAACACAUCAUAAAAAUCAAACCCCUCCUCAAAGACAAAAUUCUUAUCCUCUACAACAAGAUUCACAGACUUCAAUUACUUCCUCACUUUCAAUUUAUAAUACAGGACUUAAUUCCAUGUCAAUACCCGCAAUAAUUUCAUCAUCAUCAUCAUCAAACAAAAAUACUCCAUCAUAUGGAUCUACACCUUCAUACGCAUCUUAUAUUGACGAUUAUUGUCAAGAUGAUGAUAUGGAUACUGAUGAAGAAAGAGAUGAUGGAACUACAAUUACAAUGGAUGAAAUACUUGAACAAUUUAUUCCACCUGAACCUAAAAGAGAUCAAUUUGGAAGAAGGCUUUCUUCGACUUCAAGUUGUUCUUCAGGAUCAUCAUCAUCUUCAAUAGCUACUCCCAUAUCAGCGCAGGCGUAUCAACAUCAACAUCAACAUCAUCAACAACAACAACAACAUCAACAACAACAACAUCAACAACAACAACAACAACAACAACAACAACAACAACAACAACAACGACAACAACAACAACUGCAAUAUCAACAAUAUUAUCAACAACAAUAUUACCUUCAACAAUCUUAUUUAUCUCAACAACAAUUAAACUUUCAACCUUCAUUAAAAUCAAACACUUUAAAAGACGCUGGCGUCAAUCAAUUUGUUCCACCAUACUGCGGUUAUAAUAAUCAUCAGAUGGUAUUGCCUCCUCCCAUUCCUUCAUCUACUAUAAUACAAGGGAUGAUAUAUACAUCUACACCACAAAGAUAUUAG